UUUAGCGUUGCCUAGCGACGAGAGUGUGUACGCUUCAUGUGAAAAGCUAGCUAGCUAACUUACUAGCUAGCUGGAAUACGGAUAUUUAGACUUUUUUUUUACAAAGUCCUCACUUUAACUGCUCAUCAGUCUUCAGUCCCUCGUCGCCGAGUUUUCAUUAUGGAAUAAUGAAGGAAACAACGAGUCAACAGUUUUCCUCAGCCUCACCUACCUACUUUCCCCCAGGGUCCCUCAGUGACGUUCCUUUGGCAGAGGCUUCCGGCUGCGGUGAGCUAACGUUAGAAGAAAACAAAGACAUGGAGGUAAAGCAGGUAACAUUGCACAAGAGAUCUGGGGAAGUAAAACAACACAGCAAGAAGGAUGGUGUUUUAACUGCUGAGGUUGUCUCCAGCUGUAUGUCCAACCUUGGACGAGUUGGCACUGGGCUGCAACAUUUGUACCACCACCUGUCCCUGCCUAGUCAUGAUCUCAAUGACAUCUCUGUUUUAUGCAAUUAUGUCCAUCUUCAAAAGCUGGAACUGCCACACAACAAAAUUAAAGAUUUAUCCUGUGUGAGCCACAUGCCCUACCUCGUCAUCCUAGACGCUUCUCACAAUGACAUCUCCAGCUUCUUUGGAUUCCAGCCACCCAAGAACCUAAAAGAGGUCAAUUUAUCCCACAACCGUAUGACAAAAAUGAAGGAUUUGUCAGCCUAUUCAUCUCUUAGUCAUUUGGAUCUGGGCUACAACUGUCUCAGUGAGAUCAGUGGUCUUGAGCAAUGUUGCAAGCUCACCCAUCUCAACCUGGCACACAACAGGAUCUCUAGGAUCAGCGGCCUGGACAGUCCUGUGCUUCUCACACACCUUUGCCUUAGGGGGAACCAGCUGAAGAGGAUUGAAGGGUUGGAGAAUCUGAAGAGUCUGCAGGUUCUCGACUUGUCUCUGAACCGCAUAACCAGUCUUUCUGGCCUCCAGAAUCUCCACCUACUGGGCUCCAUAAAUCUGGAGAAAAACCUGAUCAGUGAAAUUCAGGAGUGCAAACACAUUCAUGAUCUGUUCCUGUUGAGGGACCUCAACCUGCUGGGAAACUCUGUACAGGAGCAACCUGAUUACAGACUCGCAGUUGUCUUCCUCCUGCAACAUCUGACUGUGUUGGACCAAGAUAAAGUCACUGCAGAAGAAAAGGUGACAUCAGUAAACAAGUAUGACCCUCCUUUGGAUGUGUUGGCAGCCAGGGAUCAUAUGACCCACCUGGUCUAUCAGCUGAUGCAGCCUCAGGUGCUCUAUGACAGCAGUACUAUGCCCAGUGCAGACUCUCCAUAUCCUAUGCUGGUUCUGACCGGUCCACAAGGCUGUGGGAAGAGGGAGCUGGCUCACAGGCUGUGUCAGGAGUUGAGCGACUACUUUGCUUAUGGAAUCUCUCACACCACUAGGGGGCCCUACUCCACAGAGGUGAAUGGAAUUGAUUACCAUUUCGUCAAUGAGGAAGAUUUUCAGAACAUGCUUCACAUGGGUAAGUUUAUCCAAACCAUGCAGUACGGGGGUCACAGCUACGGUCUGACCAGAGAUGCCAUAGAAGAUGUAGCCAGAGAAGGACUAGCCUGCUGUGUGCAUAUGGAGCUAGAGGGUGUGUUCAGUCUGAAGAACACCUACUUUGAGCCUCGAUACAUCCUGCUCAUCCCCAUCCAGGUGGAGAAGUACAUGGGCCACCUGAAAAGCCAUGGUCUCUAUACCCCCCCACAACUCGACAUGACAAAGUCACGUAUAGAGCUAUACGCCAAUACCAACAGGCAACGACUUGGAUUCUUCGAUAAUGUUAUUCCCUGUGAUGACUGGGAAGAAGCCUAUCAGACACUGAGGCAUGUAGUUAAGGAGUACCUGUUGCUAGAGGAAGAAGGAGAAAACAACAGAGGAUCCCUUGACAACACCUCCACUGGAAACGAGCCAGAGGAGAAGCCUGCGUCACCACCCCUGUCGAGGUUAGGAUCCGGCACACUGGCAUCACACUCUGCCACAGUCCUUGACCCCUCAGAUCCGUCCUACAGAAACUAUUUUACCAAGAUUCAUGCAGAGCUCAGCCCUCAGAAUAGCCCCGCUGAGCUAGCUUCCAUCAGGAGGCGUGAGCAGCUGGUGAGAGAGGCAGUAGUGGGGAAGAGUCCAGGGGUCUACAGCCAGCUCUUCAAAAGCUCUGCACAAACAGCAGCAUCAUCACUGCAGAAGCCUAAUACCCAUUUAAGUGAGGACAACAGCAACUCGGAUGAGUCUCGCGCCAGUUCAGCGCUGACUGUGCCCAGUUCAGCCACGGGCUUGUCUGGUUCAGUGGAGCCGCUUGAUAUGUCUGUGCAGGGACACACUUUGGAAGCACUCAAAGGCCAAACUCCUGAAGCCCACUGCCCAGGCACGGAUCAGCUAGCUGUGGCCAUGUCACCCUCCUCUGAUAGACGUCCGGGAUCCGACAUCAAGCCCAUCCUGCCACCAAUCCCCGCUGGGCGCAAGACCCCUGCAUCGCCCAGCCCGGCUCCUUCACCCAGACCCAGCCCAAACACAGCAGUUGAUGCGGGAGGAAAUGUAGACAGGGAGGGAUAGCUUCACAUAGCUUAGAAAAUUAGAUGAAGUCAAACAAUCAGUAAAUGUAUUAAAGUAACUUAAAAUAUAAGCUUGGCCUGUGAAAUAAAAAAA